AUGGCAGCCGACUCCGCCAGUGCAUGUUCGGACUUUACAUUCACCUCUCACCCCUCGGUAUCGCCAUUCACAGUGCCGUAUCAGAGAUACAUCACCGACGGGGCCGCACGCGCAGGAAGCCUGGACUACCAAUACGUCGCUGUGGGCGCUCUCGUCUUUUCUCGCUCUCCCAGCUCGACCGCCACGGCCGCCACGGCCGAAAGCACUCCCACGGACGCGGACGAACUACGUGUCCUCCUCGUCCAGCGCGCGGCCCAUGACUCGGCGCCUUUGCGCUGGGAGAUCCCCGGCGGUGCGUGCGACCUCGAUGAUCCCAGUAUCCUGCACUCGGUCGCCCGAGAGUUAUGGGAAGAGACCGGACUCAUCGCGAAAAGCAUCGGUCCCCUCGUCGGCCAAGGGCGCUUUUUUGUCACGCGGAGUGUGGAGGUGGAGGGAGGAGGAAAUCCCGCUGGCACGCCCCAGGUUAGGCUAGAUCCGAAUGAGCAUGCGAAUUAUGUAUGGGCAACAGAGGAAGAGUGUCGGGAUCGCAGGACGAAAGGGGCGAGUCUUGAGUUGAUAUUUACAACGUCUCAGCAGCAGGCGACGCUGCUUGAAGGGUUUGAGAUACGAAAGGAAUUCGAUAGAACGAAGAUAAUGCCCUGA